AUGAUGGGGCAGUUGCUUCGCUUGCUCCCCGGGCUGUUCCUGGGCCUUCUCGCCCAUGGAACGCCCGAGGCCUGUGUGGAUGAUGCUGAUUGUGGCAGUACCAGUUGGCUUCAGGAAGCUUACACUCUGGGCUCCAGGCUUGCGACAGAGUCCGAGUCCAAGCAGGCGGGGCCACUGACGGACGAACUCUAUGCACAAGGCUUCUCGGCCGUGACGGUCCCCAUCGGCCCUGGCGUGAUCUGGUCGAUAGUCAUUUUCAUCCUGCUCCUUGCAUCACACGAAGCCUCAGUGGCUGCUGGGGCAAAGCCGCUGCUGGCAAACCACGAGAAGCCCCACAGCAUACCGUUGCAAUGCACAUUUGCGAUAUAUUGGCUCCUCAUGAUGGUGAACCUUUCAAUGCUUGUGCCGGUGUCUCUGGAUUACGCUCUGGCUAUGGGACAGUCCGCUACUGCCAGCGGAGUUUUCCUCAGUGCGCCCACAGUGUUCGCACUGCUUGGCUCGAUGCUGGGGAAACGCCUCACCAGCGAAGUGAACUGGGACCAGGCAUUCGCCCGAUAUUUGUACCUCGGCUGCCAGGGUUUAGCCUUUGCUGGCAACUUGAUCCUGGCAUUCUUGAUGCAAGCGGCAUCCCACUGGAACGAUACGACCAGGAAAACAUGCUUCUGGUGCUUCCUCCUCGUAAACGGAGCAAACCAAUUCUUUCAGAUCCUUCCGGUCGUAGGCCUGCAAACCAUGUGGAAUAUCGUCACGCCCAACAGCCAUAAGACGCUCUGGAGCAUGAUCACCGUCGCGUGUCGGAAUUCCGGCUUUAUCGUAGGCCCGGUGUGCUUUGCAGCCCUCAGCUUCGCAGUGCGGAGGGGGCGCGACAUUUCUCCGAUCAGUAUGAUGGGCUGGUCCUUUGUUGGGCUCGCGAUGUUUCAAGCUUUGGUGCUGACCACCGCGUCCCUUUGUUUGCCGACGGUGGUUUCUCCUCUGGAGGAGGAUGGAAAAGCUGCGACUGAGGAUCAAGACGUGGAGCUGAGCCCAGAGGACCUCCAGCCAGAGUCGCGACAGGAGAUUGUGAGGGACAUCAUCAUCUACAGCUAUGAGCGGCCCUUCACCGUCGCUGCCAUCGAGGUCUCCACAAUGAUGCUCUUGGAAGUGCAAUAUGGGUGGUCGACGGAGUUAUGCGGGGCUUCGUUCAUGUCGAUCGGCGCGGCUACUCUGGCCACCACCGUCCUCUGCACCGUUGCGGUCAGCAGGAAGUGGAUCAGAGAGUCUUGGAUCUUCCUGGGCUCCACAUUAGUCUCCCUCUCUGGCGUCUUCCUGCUCUUUGAUUGGCAGUUUUAUGGGGCCUCGGGGGGUGGGUUCCUGCUUAUAGCUGACUCCUUGGUCUACGCCUUCUCGGGCGUCUCCAUGGGCAUCGCCCAGGGCUGGGCUACCCGCGCGGCCAUGAAGGGCACGAGCUUCGACAUCCAGACCUACCGGGUGCAGAGCAUUGCUGGGGUCCAGAUCAGCAGGUUUCUGGCCCCCAUCUUCACCCGCUUUAUCCUGGAUUUCGGUGGCCGGAACCUCUACGCCUCGGUUCAGCUGAUCAUGUGCACCAUGGGAGCUUGCACUGUUUGGCGCACCGUCACCCUGGUCUGGCAGGGUGCGAAGCACGGCCAGGAAGCCAAGAAGAAUUCAAACAACUAG